AUGAGAACAGUACUACUGUUGAGUUUGGUAAUUCUUCUACUGGCAGCUACUGUCAUGAAGAUUGGCAUUCAACUGAUAGCAGUAGCAGGGUUAUUGACACCUUUCACAAUAACAACAACGGCAACAGAGCCAACAUAUUUUGCAUUGGACUCUGAAACUUCUACGAAGAUACAGUCACAGAUUCACCAUCAUCAAUCCCAAAAGUGUGACCGGAUCCUUUUGUAUGCCACCGACUAUCUGAAUCCGGUUGGUAUUGUGGCUCAACUGAACACAUUUCUGAGAGCCGUCCUGAUUGCCAUUGUGGAAGAUCGACGUCUGGUCUUUCUUCAUUCCAAUGAUGAAAGUAUGUUUGGCUGUCCUGGAAAUGGAAAUUAUAACUCAUCAUCAUUGUUGGAGCAACAAACUUAUUAUUCCUAUCCCGGUGGAUUGAGCCACGUAUUGGAUGUCUCCCUUUUGAGUCGUCAAUGCCCCCCACCACCAUGCCAACGAAUUCAGAAAUGGCACCGACUGGCCUACCGUGUCAUUCAAAAGAAGAAUAUGGAUGCUCACAUUCCAUGUCGGGACCGAGCUAGUGAAACAAAGAAUUCGUCCGUAUCUGUACUGUUGUUGGGAGGUUAUGCUCUCCGACAAUACUUUCGAGAUGAAAUUCAACCACAACUGGAUGGGGCAGAAAAUCUGGAGGAAUGGGGCAAACGACUAGGUCUCGAGAAUAUGGAGGAAAUUCAGUUACUACACAAAGAUGCCAAGAACAAUGCAACACAUGGCUCGUAUCGAGAUCGUGUCAUGCGCCUCAUCAAGCCACUGGUUCGAUUCCAGCCUUGGAUUAUCAAUGAUGUCAAACGGCUGAUCACCAACUAUAGUGAUAAUAACAAUACUGGCGCAGUGCGAUUCCAAGAAAUGAUUGGAAUUCAUAUUCGCCGUGGUGAUAAACUAAAGGUAGAGUCGAGAUAUUGGGUAGAAGAGUACUGGAGGAAGCAGGGAUACUUAUUGAAGGAUGAAGACGACAUGCCUGUCAAUUAUGUUCCAUUGACUGCCUACCUACAGAAGAUACCGUCGCCUUUCUUUGAAUCAUCCAUACGUCAUGUCUAUAUUGCAACUGACGAUCCAACGACAGUUCGAAAUGAAAUUCAAACGUUACCAGACCGUGACCAAUGGAGAUUCCAUUUCAAUCCAGUUGCGACCAGUAGUGGUCAUUUGAAUACUUUGGAGAAUUGUCAUGAUAAGUACGAACACACGAUUGCGGCCAUUUUUGAUUUGAUGGUCCUAGAAUCUUGCAGCCUAUUUGUUGGAGAAUACAAUAGUAACUGGGGAAGAUGGAUACGAUUCCGUCGAGAAGGAGAGGUUCGAGUCGUGUUUGGGCCCACAGAUGUCUCCUGGCCUCGGUAA